AAUUUUCACAUGUUUUCGCGCAUCUCGUUUGGUUGAUGCGGGAAUACAAUUAUUAAUGACGCGGCGCUCCCUCUUUAAAGCGGCGUCGCUCAUUACAGAAGUCGCACCAGUCUCCAAAGACCAGAAUGCAGCGCCAGUCCCUCGGAUCGCCCGGCCCCAAGCCUCUCGUCUCCGCCGUCGCCGGGGGAGCCGAGAGGGAGGAGAAGCGGAAGAGCAUCGGCAGCGCCGUGGUCGGGGCCACCGAGGCGGACAAGGGGAUCCGGGCGAGGCCCAGGGCGGAGAGGUUGAUCCAUCUCAUCCCCGUCCUCACCAUCCUCUGCCUCCUCGUCCUCUACCUCUUCUCCCACGAUCUCUCCCUUCCAGAUUCGCAGACGUUGGACGGCGCGGAGAUGCGACUCGACUCCAAAGGUACAAUGCCGGCCGAUCUCAAGAACCCUUCAUUCUUUUCGUUUCUUGUAUCUCUUCUGGCGAUCUCUUUUGGACGCCUCUUCGUGGGUUCUCAGUGGGGGUUCCGGGGGCCGAGAAUGGCGGCGUGGCGUUGGCGAUCCAGCAGAUCGGUCGGGGGCUGAACGCGGCGGAGGAGCGGUUCCGUCACCGGAAGCUUGGGAAGCGUUAACCCUCCCUUGGCACGUGCGGAGAGCGAUCGGUGGGCGUCGUCGGAGGUUUGUCUUCGACCAUCAAUUAGUUCACUGGAAAUUGCUAUUAGUCCUUUCUAGCGUCUUCGUUUGCUUAGUUUUGAAUUGGUGUUGUUGAGUAGGACGGAUUUCUAAAAGAAGAAAGAAUAAAAAGGUUCCUAAACCAACUUAUUUCAAAUCA